UUUUCAGAGAAAGAAAGAAAAGUACUUCCAAAAGAGAGAGAAAAACAAUUUGAAAGACUUGGACUUCAGGAAAAAUCUCAAACAAAAUGGUCCCCAGCAGAAUUUCUUCAAAUACGUCAACCUGUGAAACAGCCUAAAAGUAUCUCAAAGAAAGAUCUAGCAGAUGCUUUUCUCCAGAAGUUAUUGAUGUUGGACUAUAGAGCCAGAUACAUCCCUGUACAAGAAGAAAGCUUUAAAGACAUAAGCCAGUCAGAGGUUGUUCAAGUGUCUGACAGUGCUGUUACAGAUGACGAUGACUUAGAUGCUCUUUUUACUACUAAUGUAGACAUAGAUCAGUCAAAAGAGAAUCAAGUCCACCCAAUGGAUGUUCAAAUGGCAGUAUUUCACUGCUCAGACAGCUUCCUUAAACAGAAAAUGACCACAAAGUUGUCACAGUGUCAGUAUGCCUUACCACUGCUUGUUCCUGAUCCUCUCUCAACAAAUAUUGAGUGUCCUUUGUGGACAUUCAGACAAAUAWCAAAAACRUGGAAAAUAAGCACAAUCAAAGAAAACAYWACYACUGUCACCAUGAAGAGCAUGCCRAUCUACAAAGCUGAGACUCCCAUGGUUUCAUUUUUCCGAUUGGGCUCCAUGUCUUUGUCCAAAUCUCAGCUGAUGAAUGCCUUGAUCAACGACCGYCAUGACACAUUYUUCCACAGAAACUGUMMAGGCAGCACCAAAUCUCGUCAUUUGAUGGACGGGGUGGCAGAGAUUGCCUGGUACUGUCCUGCUGGRAAAGACAAUGAUUUCUUUACUGACUGCAUUGCCUUCUGUAAUCUUCAUGGGGAUUCUCUAGCAAAUGUAAAACAGCGUGAAAUCCUGACUGAAAUGUCWUCAGUCAUUGUUGUUCUUGUGCCAACUCUGGAAAAAAGCCAGGAAAGUACUGCAGUCAUUUCUAUGCUUUACAAGUCUUCAAAACCUCUAAUUAUCCUCAAUGGUGACAAUGACUGUAGUGCAGUUCAGGUAAAACCUCAAAAAUACAAACUAGGGCUGAAAGAAAGAAGCCAGUCGGAUGUUACUGAAGAACUAAAAAAGAUUAUAAAAAGCCUUGUGUCUGGACCCCACACAUCCUUCCGGCUGGAAACUAUGGCUGAUGUCUCUGGGGUCAAAGUGGAUGAAGAUCAGGAAAUCUGCCAGAAAGGAAAAUCUGCUGCAAUGGACCUAGCUAAAUUGAUUGAAAGGAUGGACGUUGCCAAAAUCAAUGAUAAAUUUCUUCCCUGCCAAGGUCAACUUUGGUCCAACUGGUGCAAAAUAAAUAAAGAGUUGCAUCAUCUAAAGGGAGACAUUGAGAAAGAAAAAACCCAGAAGACUCAACAGCUGAUGGAACUACGAGAGAAACAGUGUGAUGCGUCCAAUAGUGAACUGAUGAGGUUGUUCACUCAGAGCCUCCAGAGUUUGCCUCCAAUAGAAAGAGAAUAUUUCCUGACAUGGACUCAGAUCCUCAUAGAUGCUCUCUCCACAAGUGAUCUUUCAUCAAUUCUCCAAAAAUAUGAUGAAACCUGGUCAGAGGUCUUGGUCCUGAAGAAGAAACAUGACAAAUCUGAUCUAUUAAAACACAAACAAACUGAGCUUGAACAGUUGUCAAAAAAGCUUCAAUCAGCAACCUUUGGUCUGGAACACAUCUUCAGAGAGAUGGGACAGAUCUAUGAAGCCCAUAAAUCUCUGAAUAAACCAUCACUGGGCCAACAGCCUGAUUGGACUAAAUACCCUGAGCUGGCUGCAGAUCUGAUGAUAUCAGGACACCCAAUGGAGCUGAUGGAUGGGGAUGCAGGCCAUGUGCCUUUAAUAUGGAUCUGCAGUCUUUUACAGGAAGUCAUCAAGAAACUUGGUGACCAGAGAGUCUUUGUGCUGUCAGUUCUGGGCGUACAAAGUAGCGGAAAGUCAACGAUGCUGAAUGCCAUCUGUGGGAGGGAAGUCCACCAAUGGCUCCUCCAAAUCCAGGUUAUAGUGAAAGUGUCCAAGAACUGA